GUCUCUAUCAUCUUUCCUUUCAAAAGAAAAAGUAGAAAGAAGCGUUCGUUGGUUAAGAAGCAUUCCAUUCGACAGAAGCAGAAGAAGCAAAACCACUGGUUUCUUUGUAUUACUACUCAGAUCUGAUCUUGAAUCAGAAGAAAUCAGAAGAAAAAUGGGACAGAAAUCUCUGAUCUACGCCUUCGUCUCUCGCGGAACCGUGGUUCUUGCAGAGUACACUGAAUUCAGCGGCAACUUCAACACCAUCGCCUUCCAGUGCCUCCAGAAGCUUCCUUCCUCCAACAACAAGUUCACCUACAACUGCGACAGCCACACCUUCAACUUCCUCGUCGACAAUGGCUUCACUUACUGUGUUGUUGCGGAUGAUUCUGCUGGAAGGCAGGUUCCUAUUGCGUUUCUGGAGCGAGUGAAGGAUGAUUUUGUUUCCAAAUAUGGUGCCUCCGAUAAGGCCGGUGCUAAUGCUGCCGCCAACAGCCUUAACAAGGAGUUUGGGCCGAAAUUGAAGGAGCAUAUGCAGUACUGCAUCGAUCACCCUGAGGAGAUAAGCAAGCUUGCCAAGGUUCAGAAUCAGGUCUCUGAAGUUAAGGGUGUCAUGAUGGAAAAUAUUGAAAAGGUUCUGGACAGGGGAGAAAAGAUAGAGCUUCUAGUUGACAAGACUGAGAACCUUCAUAAUCAGGCACAAGACUUUAGGACUUCAGGGACCAAAAUUCGUAGAAAAAUGUGGCUGCAGAACAUGAAGAUGAAGCUGAUUGUAUUGGCAAUUUUGAUAGUCCUGAUCCUCGUAAUUGUCCUUUCCGUCUGCCAUGGAUUCAAGUGUGGAAAAUAAGCACUCCAUUUUCCAACAUAUUUUAUAUUUUUUCAUUUUGACCACUCUUGUGAUUAUAUAUUGUUGAGGAAAGAUAUCACAUUCGUGACAUGAUUUUGUACGUAGUAAAGACAUCAUCAUAUUCCUUAUUCACUUUGUUCUACUUAUGAUAUUUUUACAAUAUGAUAUAAGAAUGCUUUUUGAAGGUAAA